UUAAAAAAACGUUUGGUUCUUGAUCACAUCCUAUAUUGAUGAAUGUCUUCAAAUUCAAGAUUCCAGAAAAGAGUUAAGGGGAAGAAGCAGAAGCAGAAGCAGAAGAUGCUCUAAAAGGAAGCCUUCAAAUUCAAACACUUGAUCAAAAAGAAGUUGAAAUAAAUAUAUAGAUGAGUUAUCAGGACAUGACAAGGUAAUAAUCAAGUGAGGCAGAGAGACAGCAAAUGGAGAGCAGCAUCAGCAGCAGCACAGCAAAUUCAGAUGAGAAUUCUGAGGUAGGAUAUCAGCCAUCACUGUCGUCUUCUGUGGAUCAAAGUUCAUCAAGGAUCAGCACUGAAUCAUUUGCCUAUUGCCGGACAAAUUCGGAGACCUCGUCCGCCCUGUCUGAGCUCGAACCGGCCUCCCCGAUGAGCUGGCAGGGGCUCAAGUCCCCGGCCCGUGUCGCACUCUCGAGGCUCGGCAUGCGCCAGCAUCGCCGCCAUGGCUUGGACGACGAAAUCAUGGAUUUAGAGUUGGAGCUGAUGAAGGAGAGGUUCUCGAAGCUUUUGUUAGGCGAAGACAUGUCCGGGAGCGGCAAAGGAGUUUCGACGGCCGUCACAAUCUCCAACGCCAUAACCAACCUCUAUGCGUCUGUAUUCGGACAACAUCAAAGAUUAGAGCCAUUGCAGGAUGAGAAGAAAAUGAUGUGGAAAAGAGAGAUGAACUGUCUAUUAUCAGUGUGUGAAUAUAUCCUCGAAUUCAGACCGACUCUCCAGAAUUUAAAGGAUGGAACUACUCUAGAGGUUAUGACAAGCAGGCCAAGAUCAGACAUUUACAUCAAUCUUCCAGCUCUCAGAAAGCUCGAUGCCAUGCUCCUUGAAAUAUUAGACAGCUUCGGCGUUACAGAAUUCUGGUACGUCGAGCAGGGGACAAUGUCCGGGACUUCGACCCUGUCGGGAUCUUUCAGAAAAAUAUUGCCGCCGCAGCCACAGAGAAAAGAAGAAAAAUGGUGGCUCCCGGUCCCCUGCGUCUCGCCCGAAGGGCUAUCCGAGAAAUGCAAGAAACAUUUACGACAAAAGCGCGACUGCGCCAACCAAAUUCACAAGGCGGCCAUGGCCAUAAACAGCGGCAUCCUCGCCGAAAUGCAGAUCCCGGAAUCUUACAUGUCGUCCCUCCCUAAGCAGAGCGGAAAGGCGAUCGUAGGAGACGCAAUAUAUCGAUACAUGUACGGCGCGGAAAAAUUCUCGCCCGAUUAUCUGCUCGAUACUCUGAGCAUAAGCUCGGAGCAUGAAGCGCUCGAGCUUGCGGACAAGAUCGAGGCCGCGAUGUACACAUGGCGCCGCAAAGUGUGUAUGGCGAACUCAAAAUCGUCGUGGGGCGUCGUGAAAGAUCUCGUGUCGGAUAUCGACAGGAGCGACAAGAAUCAUCUCUUGGCGGAUCGAGCAGCGACGCUGUUGUUCUGCUUGAAGCAAAGAUAUCCCGAGCUUUCGCAGACUACGUUAGACACCAGCAAAAUUCACUACAACAAAGAUGUAGGACAGGCAGUGCUCGAGAGCUACUCUCGGGUACUCGAAGGUUUGGCGUUCAACUUUGUAGCUUGGAUCGACGACGUAAUUUUUGUAGACAAAACCACGAGAAAUGCCAAGUAGGAAGUGAAACAUUCGGUCGGGUAGUUCGAGUCAGUACAGCGAGCGUGGGAAGGAAGGAUCUUUGUCGAAUGCUUUUUUAAGACAAACACUUGUUGAGUAACUGAAUUUCGUCGUUCUUCUUCGCUUUAUUGCGCGAAGAUAGAUUAUAUUCGAAAUGCAUAUUGUCUAUCAAAUUUAUAGAACCUUGUUUUUGUUGGUAAACUAUAUAGUAUUAUCUUCGUCGGCCAAAUUUAGAGACAUAUCUUUGGUGAGUUUACAGAAGAAAUGUCCCUAAAUUUGGUGGACGGAAAAAAAUAUGUAAUAAUAUAUUUUCUUAUUAGUUUUUGGUUUUAGGUAAGAUAUUAUUUAAGGCGGUGGCUAGAGUGCUGAGAUU